AUGGGAGGAAUUAUCCGCCGCCAUCAUCUGGCACUCAAAGACUUUCUCGAAUACUACGAGGAAGAUGCAAAACGUCUGCAAGAGACUGUCGUUCCGGGUUUAGCUCACAGUCAGACGGUCUCGUCGGUAUGGGCUCUCGAGAAACUACCGCCUCCAGCAGUUGCACUGCUAGGGGUGCUGUCCAUCCUCGAUCCUGAUGGAAUUCCAGAGACAAUUCUUUUCGAAGGUGCCAAGUGUGUCGAGCUGGACGACUACCCUAAGAAAAAGAGCGACUACUUCGAUGCAAGAGGGGAGCUCAUCAAAUCAUCUCUGGCCACCAGGAACGCUGAUACAGAGGAGAUUCGUAUCCACCGCCUUGUCCAAGAUGUGGUCCGACAGAAGAUGAGCGCCACGAAUGUCAUCGCUGUGUUCAACGCCACUAUAGCUCUCUUGUCUGCGGUUUAG